AUGGGGAAUCAAGUUUCCUCUUCUCCUGCUCCAGAAAAGCAAGGAGAUCGAUAUGGAGCUCCAGUGGUGGCGACGAAUAUGGAGAAUCACGGAGUUCCAGAAAAGCUGCAAAGGCCUUACAAUAACUCUGUCAUCAGCUCUGACGAGGCAGUACGAAUCUAUGACCACUACGUCUCCAACAUGGAGAAUCACGGAGCUCCACAGAAGCAGCAAAGGCCUUACAAUAACCAUGUCAUCAACUCAGACGAGGCUGCGCGGAAGUAUGGUGGGAUAUGUGUCACAGAAAAAUAUGAUACGAGUUCUACUCGUACCAAUAAACCAACCCCAGUCAUCACUCGUAAUAGGCGUUAUUAUUAG